GAUUAGCGAAGCCGCGCAAGGCCGCUAUAAGGGCGGCGUCCGGCGCCCUCGGCCGCCACUCGACACCCGUCCACGAUCUGCACCCUUUUGUCACCCGGAAUCGCAGCGAAAGUGACUGAAUUCAUUCCGAGCGAGCUGCUCCUCGCGAACGGCGUGCUGCUCGUCCUGUGGGUCACGCUCGUGGUCAGCGCCCUGAUGCUGUGCCACGCGAUCGACGCCUGCUAGCCGCCAUGCUGGCCACCCUCAGCCACAGGUGCGGCAAUAGUCGUUGGAGUGCAGCAUUUGACGCAGUUUUCCAGGGUUCGUCGCGCGACGAGUGGUUGAACCAACAGUUGCGCUCUUGUGCUAUUCCCUACGUGCGUCUCGUCAGCUACCGCAUCUCACGCGCUCGUCAGACAAUGGACGAAACGGCGUGCAAUCGGCUGGACAACUACCUGGCGCCGUCAGGGGUGCCCAACUUGGCCGCCCGAAGGAAGAGUUGUCCGUUGCGACCGACCAAUCGGCUUUUUGAGGAGCCCCCUGAGAACAUCGUUCGACCGGCCAGCGCUUGCGGGUUCUACGAGGACCCUGACAUGCCCCACUCGCCGGUUGAACAGGAACCCCUAGAGGAGGAGGAAGAGUCGCACUCGGUCGCCAAAGGGGGCGCCGCCCGUCGCGCCAAAUCCUUCACAGCCACGUCCAGAAACUUACUGGGCUCCGUGCAACGGUCUAUGCGAAAGUACGCCAGAAACAGUUUGACCGAAGAGGAACCGCGCACAUCAGAACCCAAAAUCCCGGCGGUCAUCAAACAUUAUGCUCGUGGAGUGUCACCUGAAACGACGGUCGAGCAAAUUGGCGAAACUCUUUCACCCGGUCAAGAGCCAUCAACUUCAACCUUAAUUUUUGAUUGAAAACAAAAAUGCCAAAUUUUGGACUAAUUUUUUGUUUGGAGGACAAUCAUUGAAGUUUUUAUUUGUGUGGUAGAUGAUAUCAGAUUGGUGUAUAAUUGUUCAAUUUUUACUAGAGAGCAUUCAUUUUUAUUUAUAAUGACAACUGUUUUACUUUUUGUAAUAUUUUUGUAUUUUGCCGUUGAAAAGUUACUGUUAAAAUGGGUGUUUAAAGUAUCAUGCACAAUAUGCUACUGAUAAAAAUACACGAGUAUGUCAAAUAAGAAAUCAAUAAAGAGAUGUUAUAUUUGAUGAAUAAUACA